GGUUUGCGAAGUGACGUCAAUUCGAUUCAAGACCAUGUUCGCCCGACGAGUGAUGAACCCCGCCGUCCGCGCUGCCCAGCGCACCAUGUCCACGAAGGCAUCCUCGAUCAACGGCAAGGGCCCAUUUGACGCCUUGUACAAUACGCUUAUGGUAAGCAACGUCACGUACGUUUCGGCCGUCGUUGCCGGCGCCGUCGUGUUUGAAGUGGUCUACGGCAAGGUGACCAACAGCAUUUGGGAUUCACUCAACUAUGGUCGCCUGUACCACCACAUCGACUGGUCUCAGUUCAAGUCCGACGAUGACGAAGAAGAAGAAGAGUAAAUGUGGACCCAUAGAUGCCGAUACAGAUCUCCACCCCUGUCGAAGCAACGCCUGCUUUGGCGGCACCCAUCGGCGGGAUAAUGUGUCAACAUCGAGGUUGUGUCAAUAUUCGUCGUAGUCUUGGACAUGUUCUAG